AAUUCAUUCCAUCAUCCGAAGGAUCACAGUUCCACCAUGAAGAUGCUUGUGGCAGUAUUUCUCGGCCUAGUGGCAGUAGCUAUGGCCAAAACUAGUGAAGAGGUUGCUAUGCAGAACCCGGAUUUGUUCGGCGGUGACAUGGCUGGAAUCGACGGACCUUUUGAUGUGGAACGAAACGCAAUUCCAGGGGAUCGCUACAGGUGGCCAGGUGCUGUUGUGCCUUACGUCAUUGACAGUUCCCUAGCAUCUCAAACCGCCUUAAUUCAAAGAGGUUUUGCAGACUAUCACACACACACCUGUGUACGCUUCGUACCUAGAACUACCCAGAAAGACUACAUCAAACUGUUCAGCGGACAAGGCUGUUACUCAUACGUCGGAAGAACUGGAAACCAACAACCUGUAUCUUUGGGUAACGGUUGCCACUACGUCGGAACUGUAGUUCACGAACUGGCCCAUGCUUUAGGAUUUUAUCACGAACAGAACCGUUCGGAUAGAGACGAUUUCCUUAUAAUCUACAUACAAAAUGUUCAAAAAGGUAUGGAAGGAAACUUUGCUAAGUUGGCUGCAUCGCAAAACAUUUUAUACACAACUUUUGACUACAACUCAAUUAUGAUUUAUGGCAACAAAUCAUUCUCUAAAGAUGGCCGCUCUGACACCAUGGUAGCGAAGAACGGACAAAAAUUGUUGGAUCCAUUCAACAAGCAAGGAAUGACAAAAUCUGACAUUGAAAGAGUUAAAAAGAUGUACAAAUGUUAAACUAUUUUGUGAAUAUGCGUUGAUGUAGUUUUCUAGAAUAAAAAAUAUUACCUACUUUAAA